AUGCAUCGACAAUUUAGUUAUCGCCCAUCGCUUGAUGAUUUGGUGGAAGCCUCCGAUGAAGAAGAUUAUGACGUAUUUUCGGAACGAAGCGAGGAUGAUUUGGCCAACGAGGCGCCGACACUCAUCUCGGAAGUGCUGGCGGCGUUGCGGUCGAGGUUCUGGCGCCGUGCUGCGUCGCUGGGAGCCUAUAGGUCAGGA